AUGUACUCGGCCGUGACAAACGGUCUUGGAGGGGGUGGUAAUGAAGGUCCAUUUCAACCCACAACCAUUAAUCCUCAAGCUCUCAACCAAGGAGCUCUCAACCCCUCCCCAGCAUUAUCACCAAACGAAAAUCCUAGAGGGAUAAAAAGGAGUCGCUCUCCAGAUGUAUAUCGUGAAUUACCGCAGACUGGGAACCUGGCGGAUGAUGGUGACUCAAAACCGCGAAAGCGAGGAAGGCCAAUGAAGCUGAAGGCAGCCGUCAAUACAUCAGGAACCCCCCAACAAAGUCAAAGUCAAAGUCAAAUGUCGCAUUCAUCCCAGACCCAGGGCGGCCAACCGCAGACUCCUCAGUCACAACACACAGUUUUGCCUCACAACCGUACACCGGUCUUGAAUUCGGCUCAAACUCCUGCCCUGAAACCAACACCCAAGCCAGUUGUCAAAGCUUUACCAACUGUGAGGGAUCACACAACAGACCAGUUAGGUGCCGGAGGCGAUGAGUAUAUUCCCCGGGAAUAUGAUGAGCAAGGCGAGAAAAAGGUUACUACCAACGGUCAUUUAAUGGAUGGACGCGAAUACAGGUGUCGAACAUUCUAUGUGCCAAAUCGAGGAGACAAGCUGUUUAUGUUGGCAACAGAAUGUGCUAGGGUACUAGGUUAUCGCGACUCAUAUCUACUCUUCAACAAGAAUAGAUCUCUAUACAAGAUCAUUGCAACUCAGGCAGAGAAGGAGGAUUUGAUUCAUCAGGAAAUUCUACCCUUUUCAUACCGCUCCCGACAUAUAGCGAUUGUUACUGCAAAGUCGAUGUUCCGGCAAUUUGGCAGCAGAGUCAUUGUUAAUGGACGACGUGUCAGAGAUGAUUACUGGGAAUCCAAAGCACGUAAGCAAGGAUUCACAGAGGAUGAUCUGGCUGGGGAGAAGAGACCGGGUGCAGCGAAGGCCAGAGACGCUGUUGCCGCUGCCGAGGCUUCGGCUGCUCUCGCCGUGACCCACCAUCAUUCCGAUAUUUACAGCAAUGGCCCGGGACACUAUACGUACCCGCAACCAACCGUUCCAUCUGUUAUGAUGGGUAUACCUGGUACCACCAAUCCACUUCCUAUGAUAACCACCCUUGCGCCGGAACAAACUGAUAUGCGUUUGAGAGACUACAGCAAUAUUUCACGCCCAAGACAAGAACUUGCCGGGACCGCGUAUCAAGAUAGGACUCAACUCAGUUCAUACACGGAUCUCUCGAACCAUGUACACCAAGCUGUUGAAUACAGCAAGCAUAUCGGUCAGCAACGAAGUCGUAGCCAAGAAUAUCUCGAACGAAGGUGGAGACAACCUCAUGAAGUUGCUGGGGGUAAUAUAGUGCAGCCUGUUGGUACUCACGACAGUGUUCCACCUACUCAAGCUCUGCACUCACCUCGAGCAUCUCAAAGUAUCGCACAACAGCCAACCUUAGCUCGCCACGGCCCACAGCAUGUCUCAUAUUCACAGGCUUCUCAUCCACCUGGUAUUGUUUCACAACCUACCGCGAGAUCUACUUCAUCAAGGCAGGAGCAGAUAUCUGGAAGAUCCCCUAGCAUGUCAAUUGCAUCUGCGGGCAAUUUGAGCCAAGGGACGAAUUCUUAUCAAUUCACGUCUCAAAAUCAAAUGUGGCCAUCUAGUCAACCACAACAGCCUCCGCAGCAACAUGCGUUUAACCCUAUCUACCCGCCCCAUCCUAGCCAGCAAUCGCCACAUAUACAACAAUCUCCUCAUCAACCUCCCCCUCCUCAACUUCGACAGUCAGGAAGCAAUCCUCAAAUGCAACCCGCUUUACAAUAUGCUGGCAUGCAAGGAAUGGGUCAGGGUUAUCCCGCGCCUCCUCGAAAUAUCUACCAACCCGAUUCAAACAAUCAACACUAUAUGCAACCUGUAACAUCCGGACCUCAGCCUGGCGCUCAGGGCUGGGCUCCACAACAACCUGUUGGGACCAGCGCUUCUUGGGGUUGGACCGGUCAAUCUCAAUAA